AUGCAGAGCUCACCGGCCAUGGUGGCCCAACCGGAGGCCAUUCUGGACUGGCUUCAGAACGAAAUGGGGUACAGGCCUCUCGGCCCGUACGCAUCCUCCGCCAAGCCGGUUGUGCCCCCCGCAGAGUCUCUUCGCAAGAUCUGCCGCGGGAAUAUGAUCCCCGUUUGGAAUUUUCUACUCAAGAGGGUGAAGUCGGAGAAGACUGUGGAGAACAUUCGAAGGAAUAUUCUUGUCCAUGGUGCGGAUGAUGUUGGAAAAGGGAGGAGGGAGAAAUUGGGAGUGGGAAAGGAGGAGGGAAGCUCCGGCGGCAAUAGAGAAAUGGCAUUGCAGGAGAGGGAGCUGGCGGAGAAGGAAGUGGAGAGGUUGAGGCAGAUUGUGAGGCGGCAGCGCAAGGAGUUGAAGGCUAGGAUGAUUGAGGUCUCGAGGGAGGAGGCUGAGCGCAAGCGCAUGCUUGAUGAGCGUUCAAAUUACAGGCACAAGCAAGUAAUGUUGGAGGCUUAUGAUCAACAGUGUGAUGAAGCAGCAAAAAUUUUUGCCGAGUACCAUAAACGUCUCUGCAACUAUGUCAACCAAGCUAGGGAUGCACAGAGAUCGAGCAUAAGCGCGUCAUCUAGUGAAUUGGUGACGAGCUUCUCUGCAAAUAGUGAGAAGGAAUUGUAUUCGACUGUCAAAGGCAGCAAAUCUGCGGACGAUGCCAUUCUUAUCGAGACAUCAAGGGAAAGAAAUAUCAGGAGAGUCUGUGAAUCUCUUGCAAUGCAGAUGUCUGAAAAAAUUCGUAGCUCUUUUCCAGCUUAUGAAGGAGGGGGGAUCCACGCGAAUCCGGAACUGGAAGCCGCAAAAUUGGGCAUUGAUAUUGAUGGCGAUUUACCUGCUGAGAUUAAAGAUGUGAUAAUCGAAUGUCUUAAAAGCCCUCCUUAUUUAUUGCAAGCAAUCACUUCUUAUACCCAACGGUUAAGAACUUUAAUCACUAGAGAAAUUGAAAAAAUUGAUGUUAGGGCUGAUGCAGAAGCAUUAAGGUAUAAGUACGAGAACGACACAAUAAUUGAAGCUUCUUCUGCUGUUACAAGCUCACCAUUACAUUAUCAUAUUUAUGGUAAUGGAAAGCUCGGAGGCGAUGCUCCUCCAAGGGGCAAUGAAAAUCAACUUCUGGAGAGGCAGAAAGCACAUGUGCAACAAUUUCUGGCCACUGAAGAUGCACUGAAUAAGGCUGCAGAAGCUAGAAACAUGAGUCAACUACUCUUGAAACGCCUUAAUGGAAGUGGUGAAACAGUUUCCUCACAGUCACUUGUUACCGCAGGAACCUCACAGAAUAUGAGCAGCCUCAGGCAACUGGAGCUGGAGGUUUGGGCGAAGGAAAGAGAAGCUGCUGGACUGCGUGCUGGUUUGAAUACAUUGUUGUCAGAAGUGAACCGCUUGGAGAAAUUAUGUGCUGAGAGAAAGGAGGCUGAAAAUUCUUUAAGAAAGAAGUGGAAAAAGAUUGAAGAGUUUGAUGCUCGCAGAUCCGAGUUGGAGUUGAUCUACAAAGUUUUACUGAAAGCAAAUAUGGAUGCUGCUUCUUUUUGGAGCCAGCAGCCGUUAACUGCAAGGGAGUAUGCAUCAAGCACUAUAAUUCCUGCGUGCAAUGUUGCCAUGGACUUGUCGAAUAAUGCACAAGAUCUCAUUGAUAAGGAAGUUUCAGCCUUCUAUCGAACUCCUGACAAUAGCAUUUACAUGCUUCCAUCAACUCCUCAGGCACUCUUGGAGUCAAUGGGUUCAAAUGGCUCUACGGGACCUGAUGCAGUUACUGCUGCAGAGAGAAAUGCAGCUAUGUUGACAGCUAGAGCCGGUGGCAGAGACCCAUCUGCAGUUCCGUCUAUAUGUCGCAUUUCUGCUGCCCUUCAAUAUCCUGCGGGUUCAGAUGGUUUGGAUGCUGGUCUAGCAUCAGUCCUGGAGUCGAUGGAUUUUUGUUUAAAGCUUCGUGGUUCUGAGGCAUGCGUAUUGGAAGACUUAACAAAGGCAAUUAAUAUGGUUCAUGUAAGAAGGGAUCUUGUCGAAAGUGGUCAUGCUUUGCUAAAUCAUGCUCAUCGUGUACAACAAGAAUAUGAUAGGACAACAAAUUACUGUCUGAAUGUAGCUGCUGAACAAGAGAAAACCGUCACAGAAAAAUGGUUACCGGAACUAAGUAAUGCAGUUCUAAGUGCUCAAAAAUCUCUUGAUGACUGCAAGUACGUCAGAGGCUUGCUUGAUGAAUGGUGGGAGCAACCAGCAUCCACUGUGGUCGAUUGGGUUGCUGUUGAUGGGGAAAAUGUCGCUGCUUGGCAGAAUCACGUGAAGCAGCUUCUGGCAUUUUAUGACAAGUAA